UUUAGAUAGUUAGUGAGGUUACCCGGCAAUGAGAAAUUAAUGUUACAGGACAGCAGAGUACGAUGCUGGCUAAGAAAUCUCAUCUCAAGAACACCAUUCUGCCUUGCCAAGACCAGUAUUUCGCAGGAGGCCAGAACUAUAAUUGCCCCUAUUCCACUACAACGUCAGACUCUAGUGUUGAUGUUUCCACGGAGACUUGGGUCUCUUUCUGGGCUGCUGGUCUCCUGGACAACAGUGAGCCCCAACAAGCACCACAGGCACCCGAAUCAUCUUGUGACUCAAAUUUUCCUGUUUUGGACUCUUGCUCCUGGGAAGAGGCUCAACUCUCCUCCCAGCUCUACAAAAACAAGCAACUCCAAGACACAUUGGUACAGAAGGAAGAAGAACUUGCACGGCUACACGAAGAGAAUAAUCACCUCAAACAAUACCUGAGUUCUACUCUGGUAAAGUGUCUGGAAGAAAAGGCUAAGAAAUUACUGUCAUUUGAUGAGUUCUCCAAAGUCUAUGGAAAAUUCAGAAAGGGCAAAAGAAAAACCAAAGAGCAGCGGUGCUCUUCUGCUGAGAGCCCCCAUCCUAAAAGUGCAAAGCGGAACCUUUCUCGCGAGUUUGCUCACUGCGAAGAAGAGCCUGGGCUCAAAGUGGACCCUUGGGUUCUUCAGACACUUGGCUUGAAAGACCUCGACACCAUCGAUGACACCGAAUCAGCUAACUACAGUGCCCACUCCGCCUCUCAUCCCAGAGGAGUCCCCAGUACAUACUCCCAGUUUGCAGAGGAUGUCCCCAGGGAGGAACAGCCCCCCUUGGAGUAUGCGAGUGAAAGAGCCCCUCACUUGCAUGACACUGCCAACCAAGGGGAAGAUUUUCACUACUUCUCUCAACUUCCACAUCCUCCCAUGGGACUUCAGUCUGUUCCAUACCACUCUGCUGAUGUGUCACCCAACAAGACAGAGAUGGCCUUCUCCACAUCCCUGAGCCCCCACAGCAAUGUGAAAACUCAUUCCUUCCACCAGGGACAAGCCUUCGUGCGUCGAGACGAGGAAGGAGGCUGGAGAUUUACCUGGGUCCCUAAACAGCCCUAG